AUGGAUCCCGCCUCGUCGGUGGCCGCCGAGCUCUGGCGGCCGCCGCACCACCACCAACUCGCCUCUGCCAGCCGUCCCCACCUCGAGGCCUCCUCCUCCGUCGUCACCGCCGCCGCCCGCUCCGGGGGCGGCUCCAGCAGCUGCAGGAGGCCGCGGCGCGACGCCAGCAGCAGUGCGGGCGGCCGGGACUCGGCUGACCGAGAAGCAAAACGGUUGAAGCAGAUGGCACCUAGUGAAAAUAAUGACAGAAGAAGGACAGAAGCUGGAACAAAUUCAGGGAACGCUAGCAAGUCUGCAGAUAAAAAGCCUGCACCUAAAGAGCCACCAAAAGACUACAUCCAUGUGAGGGCUAGAAGAGGUCAAGCAACGGACAGCCAUAGCCUCGCAGAAAGAGUGCGACGGGAGAAGAUAAGUGAACGGAUGAAAGUUCUUCAAGAUAUUGUCCCUGGAUGCAACAAGGUUAUCGGGAAAGCAUCAGUCCUUGAUGAGAUAAUAAAUUACAUCCAGUCUUUACAGCGUCAAGUGGAGUUUUUGUCCAUGAAACUUGAAGCGAUUAAUGCUCAUAUGAACAAUGCGACUGUAGCUUUUCCAACGAAAGAUAUUAUAGGACCAGUACAUUGUUGA